UUGAACCGGGUAACUCGUUAGCAUUUGUGGAAACCACUCAAACAAUAGUUUCUAAGUAGAAAACAUGCCGGACAGUUGUUCUUCAUGGGAUUGUAAAAAUCAUCGGACAUCACAAAUUGGACGUAUGGGAAUUACCUUUCACAGGUUUCCAAAGGACCCAACCAGGAGGCUUCAGUGGUGUGCAGCUAUGGGCAGACGGAGCUCAGACCACCGGCUGUGGAGCCCCUCUAUCAAUAGUGUCCUAUGCAGCAAGCACUUCACCCCAGACAUGCUUGACUGCACAGGCCAAACCAUUCGCCUGAGAAAUAAUGCCAUACCUACUCUCUUCGAUGCCCAGAAGAUGAGGAGAAAGAGACUUCAAGAAGCAAAGAAGAAGUCUAAGGUCUCCCAGACAGUCUCCGAUGUAAUAGAGGCUCAAAAAAGACAGAUAGGAAGACGAAGGCGGGGCAGAGACCGAAACCAAAGCACAGAGGACGCAGCAGAGAUCACAGAGUCUCCGCCUGGUCUAGGGGACCUUGCCCUAGCAGCCGAACUGAUGGAGCUGGUGAGCAGUACCGUGACCCAGCUCCAGAGGAACGUGCAACUCAGCCGGGCCCUGCACAACGACCACAGCUCCCUGCCCAUCCCCUCCGACCCGGCCAGGCUCUGCGCUUUGGUUCACGGCCUGGCCAAGGACAAGCACCGCCAGGAGGAGGCACUCCUCAGCCUGCGCAAAAACCUGAUGGUCAAGGAACAGCAGCUGCAGAAAAACAAGGUGGAGUGGGAGGCUGAGCAGCCGGCCCAGGAGGUGAAGAUCGCUGCUCUGGCGCGACAGCUGCAGAAGGAGCAUCAGGAGAAUGUACUCCUGCGGAGGCAGCUCAGGGAGGCCACAGAGCAGCUGCAGAGCAGCACCGACGCUGUGCUCCUCCUCAGCUCCAGCAUGCGAAAGCAGAAGCGGCCUCAAGCCAAGCGUCCAGCCGCCGCCCUCAGUGCCCGCGCCCUCAGCCGCGGCCACCCUAGGUGGCUGCGCUUUUACACAGGCUUCAGGUCCUACGCCCGCUUCCAGGCUUUUCUCGCCUUCCUGCAGAGUGCCGACGGCACCAUGCUGGCACAGAGCUGCCUCAGCGAGGCAGAGGAAGGAGUGGAGGAGGAGGAUGAGGAGGAAGAGGAGACCGAGGAGAAAAGAAUGUCAGACAAGGAUGUGAUUCACCAGGAUUCGACCCCGCCCCCCCAGCACAACAACCACGCCCUCUUUCCUGAUGAUGACGAGGAGGAGGAGGAUGAAGAGCAGGAGGCCACGGGCGAGUCGGUGCGGCGGAGGCUCCUGGCCCAGUUGCGCGUGACCAGCCGGCCGGCGAGCGUCCACCGCGUGCUGGGCCCCGAGGACCAGCUGCUGCUGGUGCUGACGCGCCUGCGCCUGGGCCUGCUGCUGCACGACCUGGCCUUCCGCUUCCACGUGGCCGAGGCCACCGCCUCACGCGUCUGGGGACACUGGCUGGGGCUCAUGCAGCGCCGACUGCAGCAGGUCCCUGUGCGCUGCAGCCAGCAUUACAUCUCCCAGUUCAAGCCUCAGCACUCCCUCUCCCUGGGGCCUGGCCACCAGCUGGCCGUGCUCGAGUGCUCAGACCUCCUCUUCGACGCCCUGUUCCGCGACCGCCAGCGCGUGGCCCGAGGUACGAUACCGCCCCGCAGGGCCGUGGCGUCAAAGACGCCUCUGCACUCCCCUCAGCCCUACCGUCACCUGUGGCCCCAGCGGGGCUGUGCCCUGGCCUCUCCCGAGGGCCACCUGGGCUUCUGCAGCUCCAGUCGGCUGCAGGAGUGGGAGGACUGGGCCGCCAAGCCUGACGGACCCGUGCCCGCCGCCCUCCCUACCCUCCCUGCUUACCUGGUGGGCAACGAGAGGGGGGUUGUGCCCGUGCCCGCUGAGGGCGUACCUUGCCUGGAGGUCCUGAGUGUCCGUUCGCUGACGGAUAAAGCGCUCACCUUCCGCUACCUGCGGACGGUUCACACCCAGACCCAGGGCUCCGUCAUCCAGAUGGACCGGGCCUGGGAGGUGUGUUGUUACCUGGCCUGCCUACUGCACCAGCCAAUGGGGCUGAGGUAGGGGCGGGGGUUAGCAUUGUAAUUUAGGAAGGGUGGCAAAGCAGGGACAAAAAGGGGCUGAUAAAAACUUGAAAUGUCUUUUUACCUCUGGAAAUUAAUUUUUGUUAUUUCUUUUGAUACUGACUGUACACUAAUGAUUUUGAGUUUGUAUAUGCUUGUUAUAAAGUUUUAAAAAAAAUAUUUUGCAUUGUUUGGUA